UCUCCUCUUUCUCUCUCUAAAAUGGAAAGAAAGAAGUAACGCAUUCGAGGAUUUCAGAACUCUGCCUCUCAAAAAUCCUCUCACUGCGCGUGUUCGACACUCGCUGAUUUAAUUGUAUUUUUUAUUAUUAUUAUUUUUUUUUGGGUUUUGAGGUUUUGAUAUUGCACCAGUGACCACCACCACCACCACCACCACCGGAUCCCCAUUCUCCCAAUCUAGAGCUACACUGGCUGUAAUUAUACGUCGUCGUCGUUUGACACCGUAAACGCUUCGCCGUUAGAGGUUCUAUGUAUAACCACACUAGAGGAAUGUCAUUAUGGAUUGUGCAAGGUCAGGGCACAAGUAUAGUAUAGCAUUUUGGGUGUUCUGGGAGGGACUCUGCUCAUCUGAUUGGAUUUACAUCCUCAUAUAAGGGAGUCAUGGCUUUUCGGAAAUAUGUUCCUUCUAGUGAUGCACCACCUUCUAUAACUAUGAAGCCUUUGGAAUUCUCAAGUAAAAUGCAUGAUAAUCCUCGGUUUGUGGAUCCAGAGACCGCCCUUGCUGUGGAGCCUGAUAUAGAUAUAGAUCUCAGAGAAGUUUACUUUCUUAUCAUGCAUUUCCUUUCAGCUGGACCAUGUCGUAGAACAUGUGGGCAGUUUUGGAAUGAGCUUCAAGAACAUAAACUUUUACCCAGAAGAUAUCAUGCUUGGUACUCGAGGAAUGAUGUGCUUAUUGGAGAUGGAAAUGAUGAUGGCAUGUCAAUCCCUUUGAGUUAUAGAAUGUUGGUGGAGAGGUAUUCUCACAUUCAAAAGGAUCACUUGGUAAGGCUUUUGAAGCAGUUGCUUCUAAGUGCAGCUCCUCCACGGAGUAUAAGCAGUGCAAAUCCCCCAAAUGCUGCUGAUGUACCUACUUUAGUGGGAGUUGGUUCUUUUUCACUUUUAAACGAUGAUGGAGAUACUUCCAACCAAUCAUUAAGGAAACCCCCUGCUCAUAUGCGUUGGCCUCAUAUGAAAGCGGAUCAAGUUCGUGGGCUAAGUUUAAGGGAAAUUGGGGGAGGUUUUACUCGGCACCAUCGUGCACCAUCUAUUCGUGCAGCUUGUUAUGCUAUUGCAAAGCCAACAACCAUGGUUCAGAAGAUGCAAAAUAUCAAGAAGAUAAGAGGACAUCGAAAUGCUGUUUAUUGUGCCAUAUUUGAUCGCUUGGGAAGAUAUGUUAUUACCGGGGCAGAUGAUCGCCUUGUCAAGAUCUGGUCAAUGGAAACAGCAUAUUGCUUGGCAAGCUGCCGUGGUCAUGAAGGUGACAUAACUGACCUGGCUGUGAGUGCUAACAAUGCUGUAGUGGCAUCGUCAUCAAAUGACUGCAUUAUUCGAGUUUGGCGUAUACCUGAUGGCCUACCAGUUUCUGUACUGCGGGGGCAUACUGGAGCAGUUACUGCAAUUGCAUUUAGUCCGAGACCCGGGUUUACCUAUCAACUUCUGUCCUCAUCUGAUGAUGGGACAUGUAGGAUUUGGGAAGCUAGAAGCUCUCAGUUGAGUCCGCGGAUAUAUGCUCCAAGGCCUUCAGAUUCUGUGGCUGUUGCAGGUAGAAACAAUGUUCCAUCUUCAAGCACUGGUGCACAAAACCAUCAAAUUUUUUGUUGCGCGUUUAAUGCUAAUGGUACAGUCUUUGUCACUGGUAGCUCAGACACACUUGCAAGGGUGUGGAGUGCUUGUAAACAAAGCUCUGAUGACGCAAACCAACCUAAUCAUGAGAUAGAUGUGUUAUCUGGGCAUGAGAAUGAUGUGAAUUAUGUACAAUUUAGUGGUUGUGCUGUAGCAUCUAGAUUUAUGUCAGCUGACAACAUGAAAGAAGAGAAUGUUCCAAAAUUUAAGAAUUCUUGCUUCACUAAUGAGAACAUAGUUACUUGUUCUCGUGAUGGCAGUGCAAUUAUUUGGAUACCAAGAUCACGGCGAUCACAUGGGAAACCUAGCCGGUGGACGCGAGCAUAUCAUCUCAAAGUUCCACCACCACCAACACCUCCUCAACCUCCACGAGGAGGCCCUCGUCAGAGAAUACUUCCUACUCCUCGUGGUGUAAAUAUGAUAAUUUGGAGCCUUGACAAUCGCUUUGUUCUUGCAGCUAUAAUGGAUUGCAGAAUUUGUGUGUGGAAUGCGUCUGAUGGUAGCUUAGUAUAUUCUCUAACUGGUCAUAGUGAAUCUACGUAUGUUCUGGAUGUUCACCCUUUCAAUCCCCGGAUAGCUAUGAGUGCUGGUUAUGACGGAAAAACCAUUGUGUGGGAUAUAUGGGAAGGAAAACCAAUAAGGACAUAUGAAAUAUCACACCACAAGCUGGUUGACGGAAAGUUUUCUCCAGAUGGGACGUCAAUCAUACUAUCUGAUGAUGUUGGGCAGCUUUAUAUAUUGAACACAGGCCAAGGGGAGUCCCAAGAUAAUGCUAAAUAUGACCAGUUUUUCCUUGGUGAUUAUCGACCCCUUAGUCAAGAUACCCAUGGGAAUGUAGUUGAUCAGGAAACUCAGAUAGCACCAUAUAGACGGAACCUCCAAGAUCUUCUUUGUGACUCAGGCAUGAUACCCUAUUCAGAACCCUAUCAGAGUUCAUACCAGAAGAGGCGAUUAGGAGCUCUUGGUGUUGAAUGGAAUCCUAAUUCUCUUAAACUUGCUACUGGAGUAGACUUUACCCUCGAUCCAGAAUACCAAAUCUUGCCCUUGGCAGACCUUGACAUAUUUCCUGAACCUCUGCCUGAGUUUGUGGAUGUCAUGGAUUGGGAACCAGACAAUGAAAUACAAAGUGAUGAUGCUGAUUCAGACUUUAAUGUCGCUUUAGAUUACUUUAGUGGAGGAGAGCAAGGAAGUUUAAGCUCCAAUUCCUCUGUUGAUUCAGAGGGCAGUGCAGAAAAUGGUGAGACUGAUGACACACAAGUGAAUAGACGUCGAAAAUCAAAAAGGAGAAAGCAAAAGGCUGAAAUUGAGAUCACGACAUCUUCAGGAAGGCGUGUGAAGAGGAGGAACUUUGAUGAGAGUGAUGGUAAUCCUCUCAGGAGAAACAAAACUAGGAAAUCAAAAAGUGGUCGAAAUUCUUCAAGGAAGAAAUCUCCUAAUUCGAAGUCAUCGAGACCUCGAAGAGCUGCAGCGAAAAAUGCUCUUACUUUGUUUUCUAAAAUUACUGGGACCUCUACUGAUGGAGAAGAUGAAGAUGACUCGGGACUUGAUACAUCAGAGAGUGAAUCCAUACUUCAAGAUUCAAACAUUGAGAGUGAUGGAUCUGAUAAAUAUUUGCAAGAUGAGCAAAUGAAACAUCGAAAAGGGAAAGAAAUUUCAAUGGAUGACUCUGACUCGGUUAAACCUCCCGAACUUCAUGUUAAUGGUGGAAGUAGGACAAAGUUGGUCCUCAAAUUGCCACAACGUGAAUCAAAUAGGCCUCUGGUUCGAAAUAAGAUAGUGUUCAAAUGUGGUAACGAUGGUGUAGGUCCGUCCUCAAGAGUUCCUCAAGGAACAAUUGAAAUGAAUGGGAAUUGUAUGAACUCUCAGGAUCCAAGAUACUACCCUGGCAAUUAUGCAGGACGCAACAUGAUUGAAGAGCCAGACAGAGUUCAAGGAAAUAGAGUUGACCUUCUAAAUUUGUCUGAUGAUUAUAAAAAUGGGAAAAUUAGAUGGGUUGGGGCCAGAGCUCGGACAUCCAAGCGUCUUAGAUCUGGUGAAGCUGCACCAGCAAAUGCAUUUUCUAGGACAAACUCGUCUCUUGAAUUUCGUUGUGAAAAACAGAAUAAUUUCAGUCAAUUUGCAAAACCGGAGAAUGAUUCUUUGAGUGAGCUCUCUGAUUUACAAACACAAAAACAAGAGAUAAAGGGAGAUGAAAAGCUGGCAAUGAAUGGGAAAGCUAUGGGGGAUGAUACCUGUGGCAUGGCCAACGGGAUAGAGAAAUUGAGUUCUAUUGAAUGCAGGGAAUACAAUAAUACAUCAAACUUUCAUGAGAUGGUUGCUAAGAAUGCAACUGACUCUGACAACAACAAUAAUAAUAAUAUGACUGAGCUUCCACACCAAGACACUCAUAACGCUUCACAUGAUUUACCCGCCGAGGAUGACGAUGCCGCUUUCAUUGAAAAUGGGAACACAGAUGGUCUUCUAACUGAAGAAACUAAGAUCCCCUCUCUACUCAUCUCCACAAAGUUGAAUCUGAAAAGGACUGCAAAUGAUUCUGAAAACCCUUGUGAGCAGGAAAUGAAAUCUUCAGUGGACAACUUGGAGAAUGGGAAAUAUAAUUUGUUAAAUGACAGGCCAUUGGUCACUGAACAAGACUUGGUUGUGCCUGAGGAUAAAACAGCAAAUAGAUUGAAUUUAGAUCGUGGAGAUGGCGGUCCAUUGGAAUCUGACACUCAGUGUGAUAAGAAUGCCGUGUCUAGUAUAAAGGACUCGGUGGAGUCCCAUCAGUUACCUAAGAAAAACAUGUAUACUGUUGUAUAUAGAAGGACUAGAUCACAGAAGGCUAUAAAUACUUCAGGAGGGGGUGGUGAAGGCAAAGGAGGAAGCACCUCAAAUGCACGCAACCACAAUCCUAGCAGAUUGGAUGUUUGUGAAGAGUCAAUUGAUGGGUCAUGUGGGACACAAUCCACUGGAUUGAAGGGCUCUGCAUCUACAAAUGUGACUGACAAUGUUAAACUAACUGAAGGCCAUGAAUCAGGCUACGUGCUUAGAAAUAAUCAGAACAGUUCCAUGAGUAAGCGUAGACUGUCACAUGAAGAAUGGGGAUCAAGUUCUAGGACGACAGUUGGUUUGAGGUCUAGUAGAAACAGGAGAGGCAACCAUCAUCUUCGUGAGACAAGUCUAAUAGAUACAACAAGGAAGUCAAAUAAAUCAUCAGGAAAGGGAACAUGGUUAAUGCUAACUACACACGAGAGAGGCUCCCGAUAUAUUCCCCAAUUAGGGGAUGAAGUAGCAUAUUUGAGACAGGGGCAUCGGGAGUAUUUAGAACAACACACCCAGCGGAGAGAACAACCUCCUUGGAUACAAGUGAAAGGAAAAUUAAGAGAUGUAGAGUAUUGCAAAGUUCGAGACCUCGAGUACUCCUCAUCUGGGGGAUCUGGGGAGAGCUGCUGUAAAAUGAAGCUUGAAUUUGUGGAUCCCACUUCCGAUGUAUAUGGUAGAUCUUUUAGAAUGACCCUACCGGAAAUGACUGGUUUUCCUGACUUCCUUGUAGAAAGAACUCGCUAUGAUGCUGCUAUACAACGAAAUUGGACACGCAGGGAUAAAUGCCAAGUUUGGUGGAAAAAUGACGGUGAUGAAGAUGGUGGUUGGUGGGAGGCUAGGAUUCAUGAUGUGAAAGCCAAAUCUAAUGAUUUUCCUGAAAGCCCAUGGGAGAGGUAUAUUAUUAAGUACAAGGAAGAGCCUACAGAGACGCAUUUGCACAGUCCCUGGGAGUUGUUUGAUAUCGACGCUGAAUGGGAGCAGCCAACCAUUAGUAAUGACAGCAAAAACCACCUUCAGUCUGCCUUUGCCAAACUAGAACGCGUGAGCAAACUUCCAAAGGAUCGUUAUGCAAUUAAUAUGUUGAAGGAACUUUCACAGAGGCCAAAGUUUGCAAAUAGGUUUCCAGUCCCAUUAUCUCUUGAAGUGAUCAAAACUAGAUUAGAGAACAAUUACUAUCGAAGUUUAGAAGCAGUGAGGCACGAUUUCGAUAUCAUGCUGUCAAAUGUUGAAAAUUAUUUGGGGAGCAAGUCAGAGAAUUCGGCGAAAAUAAAACGUCUGUCAGAUUGGUUUGCAACAACAUUGUCAUCUUUGUAGCUUUUUUGUUUCUUUUCUUUAUAGAAAGAAAUUAUUACUGAGGUUAAAUGGCCUCUUUUGUCUAAUGUAUAGAUAAUUUGAUUUCUUCAAAAAAGUUUUUCCUUCUUACCAGUUAGAUUGGUUAUUGGAAAUUGGUUAAAUAUUUAGGGGGUAUUCUUUCUCAAGAGGAAAUAGAAAAAUGAAAAGAGUUGAUUUGUGGUGGUUGUGUAGAUUUUCCACCAGAAAGAUUUGUUAUUGUAUAGAGACACUUGAUAUUAUUAUCACCAUUAAUAACACAAGGAAAGAAAAGGAAAGGAGAAAUGUCCACCUAA